AUGAACCUGACAGUUUUUCUUGUUGGCGGUUUAUAUCCAGGAAUCCACCCUGCAAACUUUCUUUCAAAGCUGGUUCUUCAACUAUGGAAAACGGAUGAAACGAGUCUUUGCAUAAGUUCAGUAAAUCUUGAAAAUCAACCAGUACAAGAAAAAGAAACUAAUAAAGAUAACUUAAGUCCAUGGUGUAUUUUUGAUGAAUUAAUUGGACAUGACUCAUCUAAACAUACACCUGUAUCGACAGAUAUAAAAGAAGUCGACAUGUAUUUGUCUGAUGAUAUAUUACCCACAAAAAAUUUCGAACGGAGAUUGGAACUGUCCAUAACCGUGGUGGAAAAACCAUCGCCAUGUAUAACCUAA